UUCCGGGCCCGUCUCGCGCCGUGACGCGGCUUCCGGCGGGGCCCGGGCCGAGGCGGAUCCGGGGCUCCCGAGCUGCGGGCGGCGGGGCCCGGCCGGGGCCGGGCGGCGCAGCCCCGAGGAUGUCGGAAGGGCUCCUGGGCAAAGCGGCCACCAUGGAGAUCCCAAUCAGCAGCAAUGGCGACGCCGGCAGCCUGCCCGAGGACGACAGCUUGGAGCAGGACCUGCAGCAGGUGAUGGUGUCGGGGCCCAACCUGAAUGAGACCAGCAUCGUGUCAGGCGGCUACGGGGGCACCGCUGAGGGCAUCAUCCCCACCAGCGCUAUCAAAGGCUCUGCGCUGCACCAGCCCCACGCCAGCGCCACGCCUGGCGGGGAGGAGCUGGUGCGCGGCAUCGCUGUGGAGAAGUUCGACAUCGUCAAGAAGUGGGGCAUCAACACCUACAAGUGCACCAAGCAGCUGCUGUCGGAGCGCUUCGGGCGAGGCUCUCGCACGGUGGACCUGGAGCUGGAGGCUCAGAUCGAGCUGCUGCGGGAGACCAAGCGGCGCUACGAGGGCAUCCUGCAGCUGGCACGGGGCCUCACUGCCCACCUCUACAGCCUGGUGCAGACACAGCACGCCCUGGGCGACGCCUUCGCCGACCUCAGCCAGAAGUCGCCUGAGCUGCAGGAGGAGUUUGGGUACAACGCAGAGACGCAGAAGCUGCUGUGCAAGAACGGAGAGACCCUGCUGGGCGCUGUCAACUUCUUCGUCUCCAGCAUCAACACUUUGGUCAACAAGACCAUGGAGGACACCCUGAUGACUGUCAAGCAGUAUGAGACUGCCAGGCUGGAGUAUGACGCGUACCGCACGGACCUGGAGGAGCUGAGCCUGGCACCGCGGGAUGCCAGCAGCCUGUGCCGGCUGGACAGUGCCCAGAGCCACUUCCAGAGCCACAAGGACAAGUACGAGAGGCUGCGGGCAGACGUGGCCAUCAAGCUCAAGUUCCUGGAGGAGAACAAGGUGAAGGUGAUGCACAAGCAGCUGCUGCUCUUCCACAAUGCCAUCUCUGCCUACUUCGCUGGCAACCAGCAGCAGCUGGAGCAGAGCCUCAAGCAGUUCAACAUCAAACUGCGGCCCCCGGGCGCCGAGAAGCCCUCCUGGCUCGAGGAGCAGUGACCCCCCCGGGGACCCUCUCCUGACUGGAGGAGCAGUAAGCCCCCCUGGGGACCCUCUCCUGGCUGGAAGAGCAGUAACCCCCCCUGGGACCCCCCCUCCUGGGGACCCCCUCCUGACUGGAGGAGCAGUGACCCCUCUGGGACCACCCCCCCCGGGGACCCUCUCCUGGCUGGAGGAGCAGUGACCCCCCUGGGGACCCCCUCCUGGCUGGAGGAGCAGAGAUGCCCUCAGGACCCACCCUGGGGACCCCCUUCUGGCUGGAGGAGCAGUGACCCUCUCCCCCUCCCCUUCCCCCUGCUGCUGUGGGCUGGGGGAGUCCUGAGCCUGAUCCCCUGGGACCCUCCUGGUGGUGCCCCCCCUGCUGCUGUGAGGAUCCUGCCCCCCAGGACCCCUGCCCUCCCCGCCCCGGUUCCAGCCCUGUCCCCCACUCAGAGGGUGGCUCUGGGAGCGGCUCUGGGUACCCAAACUGACCCUGGGGGGGCACAGGGUCCCCAGGGGUGGGCUGUGGGUCCCCACCUUGUCCUGGGGGGGGGGGGGGUCCAUGGGUCCCCAACAUGUCCUGGGAGGGUGUCUCUGUGUCCCCAGCCUGUUCCCAGCCCCUCCAGCGCCCCCCAGUGCCAGGGUCCCCUCCCAGCUGCCCCCCAGCAGCUGCUCUUGCACUCUACGCCCCCUACACUACACACCACCCCCCGACCUGGAUGGCUCUUUUGAGGGGGUGACAGGGUCCCCAUCCCCCCAGAGCUGUUUUGGGGCUGGGGGUGGUUCUGUGCC